UGGUACUUUUGCCUGGCAAGUUGCUGUGGCCCAUUCUGUACAUAGUUAGUGCUAGGCGUGAUGAGGGGUAAAGCCAAGUCAGACGGACAAUUUACACUUGUCACCACAGAGGUGAAGCGAUUUUUCCAUUCUUGUGUGCUAUCUUUGAGACCGGUCUAGUCCUGUAACAAGACCUCCUCAAGCUCAAUCCGCCCUCUUAGCCUGAGAUACUCCAUCCUCCAAUCUGAGUGCACCCAGGGUGUUCGACCGGGGAAACAUGAACUACUGGCAACUGACGUUAAAAGAGGGUUCCGGCCCUGGUGAAAAUGAUAUCCAUAGCUUGGGCAACUUGAGUGUUGACGAUUUGUUUAAUCUUCGCACCAAGCCUGGGAAUCAUCUAGUAUUUAUGCCUAAUCUUCAAGAUGGAAUGAGCCGGGAUCUAUAUGAUAGGGACUUGUGCAACAGAUUGAUUAAGGACUUUUGUCUGCCUCGUUUCUUCUUCCACCAUAUGGGAUAUGACGCCAAUGGAUUUUUUGGUAGUGUUGAGGUUCCAUUCCAUACACACAACAAUAGAGGCCACAAAGGUUGCGGGACGUUCUCCCGGUUUCUUUCGAAACACCUACACAGUAGAAGUGCCAACUCAACUGAAUAUACCUGGCAUUACGUGGGACUUUCCACAUUAUGGCUUAACCACAGCGACAUUGGACGCGAGAGUGAGCUUGAGCAUGGUACAAGUCCACCCUCAUCAAGCGAAACACACAUAAUGCUUUGCUUCGACUUGGAUAAAACCAUUGUUGAGGGCUUUCUACAGGCUUUCGAUGAAGCAGACAUAGUAUCCUCUCAGAAAGAGCCAUUUUACCAACUCAAAGUGGCGCUUGGCGUCAUUGUUGAACGAUUUGAAGAGGAUUUGAAUAGCUUUCAGCCGUUCGUGCGGCGAAUUGAAAAGGAACGCUAUGAAUAUCUUAAGGUAAUGGAACGCUCUGUCAGGGGAGGUCCUGAUGUUGAGAGGUUUACACCAUUCGAACGCUACGCUACCUUGUACGAUGUAUCAAGACAUGUGUUGCACGUAGCCGAAAUGCUAGGCUCUGCAACCAACAGUCUUGCUUCAAUUAUGAGGGAGCACGAGAUUUGGACGCGUGCUCUUCAAGCACCUCCGAUCCUACCUAAUAAUACAGCGAGUGCCUUGAGACUUUACUCGAACAUCCUUUUAAACCUGAAGCUGCAGGCCGAUGGAUUCGUGGCUAGGAUGGAAAACGAAACCAAAUGCGCGUCCGAACUUGUAGCUCUGUUUACUGGUGCAGCUUCACUAGAUACUCUUCAACAAACUCUUAAAAUGACUCGUGAUGAACUCAGGGGUGUCCAGUUUGAGCUUGUCCGGCAGAAGAGAAUGUUUGAGUUCAAAAAUGACCCUGAAGAUUGAAGUCUUCUCUCCCAGACAUUCAACGCCUUGCCCUUUGAGGUCAGGUCAGUUGAAAUGAGCAAUGCGGUAUAACCAAACCCCGGACCUCAAUCGACGACAAAGACAAAAUGAUUGCUUGGAUGGCCUCAGGCUCCCAUUGUAGUCAUCCCGCACCCACUAUGUGUAGUUAGCGCUUCUAGAUAGCUUCAUCCGAUCACCAUCUCUCUGCACCGUUCAUCUCAUCUCUAGUAGCACGUAACUGUAGCCUGUACGCGUAGUACGAUGGAGGGAAUGGAUGAAGGCAUAUGAUGAUAUGAGUGCUAUGAAGUGCUAUGAAGAGAGGGAAGCUAUGGAGGUGAGGUGAAGGAUGUGGAGUCAUGGGAUGAGUCAUCCGCG